CAUGUUUUCAUCAGUUCUGCGUUCAUCUUCAUCUGUGUUGUUUUUGGCGUCUGCAUUACUUUGGGCAUGUUUGACAGUUUACAAAACCUAUUCCAUAAGCUGAACCGAUAAGUUAAAAAUAAUGGCAGAUGAUCCAUUGAAAAGAUUUAUAGAAAUCACAGGCGCCUCUGAAGAUGAGGCUGCAAAUUUUCUGGGAUCCAGAACCGACGUAGAGAUCUGCGUGAAUGAUUACUUUGACUUCUUGGCCUCUGCAGGCGCACCACCACCCCCGGCCGAACCAGAGGUGCGAGCGCCAAUAGCCCCGAUUGAAGAUGUCAUGCUUCCGCCAGAUGUAGCAAAUCCACACGCACUUCCAGUUGUAGUCGACAAUUUGAGGGACUUCAGGGUUGAAGCAGAACUACAACAGGCUGCCUUGACUGGAGAAGGGGACACGUCAAGAAGACGGUUUGAAGAUCUCUUCCGGCCACCAGUGGACCUUUUAUUCAAAGGAGGCGAUUUUUUAAACGCCAAGGAAUUUGCUAAAUCGGAGAAAAAAUGGAUAUUGGUUGAUUUGCAGAACAGCAACGUGUUCCUUAGUGUUGUUCUGAACAGAGACUUGUGGCAGAGUCCAUCCCUCACGUCCUAUAUCCAGGAGCACUUUUUGUUGGUUCAAUAUAACGUCACCAGCACUGAGGGCUCCAAAUUCCAAAGAACCUACAAUGUAGACGAAUCUGAUUAUCCUCACGUUCAGGUGAUUGACCCCAGGACGGGAGAAAGUCUGGAAAAGUUAGGUGGAGAAGGUGUCAGUCUAGAUCCAGUCUACGUUACAGCCUUCCUUAAAGCAUUCAUCCAUCUUAAUGGCUCUCCAGAUAAUUUUGACGCUCCCAAAAAUGUCACGCCAAGAGAUGUGAGACGGCUGCUGGAAGAGGAACGAGAACUGCAGGAGGCGAUACAAAGGUCUAUGUCUUGAUUACCUUUAGUUGAGUGAGAUUUCGUGUAUAUAAACUGUUAUUAGAAUUAAUUUCUCUGAUACGUAAAACUAUGACAUCACACUGUUGUGACAAAAAGGUUGGUUAUUGAAAAUCCAAAUUGAUUAGUUUCUCCAUAUAGCACAAAUUAAGAUAUUUAUUAUCAAUGCAUUUUCGAUAAUACAAAUCAACCAUUUACUCUUGAAAUAUAGCCAUACAUUUAAAUUUUCCUAA